CAUAUUUUUUUAAUUUUUUAUCUUUUGGAGAAGAAACUUUUUUCAAUGAUUUUUUUUUUAAAUAUCAGCCAUCUUCACCAGGUGGUUACGAAACUUGGAUCUAAGCUCCUUCGUACUCAUAAAUUUCUUCGACUGUAUAGGACUAGAAACAACUUUAACUACUUCCUCUUGAGUUAAUUCAAGACUAAAAAAAUUAGACGGUAAAUUAAUAGGUAUUAUACCCUUAUUUGUUCGUAAUUUUGGUGUGUGUUCAGCCAUUAAAGCAUAAAAAUCUUAAAGUCGGAGUUGCUAAUAGAUUACAGUAAGAAAAGAAAAAGAAACUGAUAACAUGCAAUAACUGAAUUAAUUAGUUACCUGAGAAAGAGGAACAAUUUCCUUAUCAGAUCGUGCUAUAAAAGUGAGAAAGCAAUCUGAUAAUGGAGUGAAUAAAGGGAAAAAAGUAAUCUGAUAAUGGGGUGAAUAAUGGAGUGAAUAAGGGAAAAGAGUAAUCUGAUAAUGGGGUGAACAAAGGGAAAAGUAAAACUAAAAUAAAGGAAAGAGAAGGAGAAAAGCGUGAAAAAGGGAGGUAAUUUCUCUAAAGUUGUAAAAGUUAGGGACCACUUUUAAAAUAAUGCUAUUGUUGCUACACAGUGUAAUUUCAUUAAAAUGUUACUAUUUUUUAUAAUCUAAGUCUUAGGUAUGCUACUCUAUGUAGUUUUUCCUAAAACAAAACCAAUGGUUCUCUUGUCCCAUUCUAAUCUAAUGAUCCAUUUGGAAUGAAACAAAAUUAAAUUAGUAGCCGUUUGAUCAUGAAAAUUAUUUUCUUUUUUUCGAAAAACUAUUUUACUUUAGUGAAAAAAGUGAAAAUAAGAUCCGUUUGACCAUAAAAAUUUCAAAUACAAUCCCAGAAAUGUAUUUGGAAAAGUGAAAACAAGUUUUACUUGAUUUCACUCAUACUUCUCUCACAAAUUUCAAAAAUAACUUUAAUUUAUAUUCAUGGUCAACUUCAGCUCUAACUCCAACUCCAACUUUAACUUCAACUUCAAAAAAUUUAUAAUUUUUAUGUGCAAACGAGGCAUAUUAGAUGUCUUGGAAUAGGAAAUUCAAAGAUUUGAUGUACUAAUAAAUAAUAAUUUAACAAGCUAUCAUAUCUCUGGCUCCAAUUAGCAAUAAGAAAAUAAUUUAAAAAAACCGAAAAAAUCUUCAAAGUUCUUUAAAAAAACAUAGAUUAUAAACAUAAUAGCUACGUAAGCUCAUAGUACAAAGUUGUGUCACCUUAAACCAAAUUGAGCAAUGAGCUAUUCAUUCAAAGAAUAAUAAUAGGAAGAAGCUAUAGAUAAAUGCCCAAACCUUUUCUUUAAUUGCACAUUUUUCACUCUUAAAUCUUAACAAAUUAAAAUUAUUUCCAUCUCAGAAUUGAAAUAAACUCUCAUAACCAUUUCAUAAAAGUAUCAAAAUAUUCAAAAAUACUCUUUAAUAUUGUGAUUUUAAAUUUAUCAGAUGAAAGUUGAAAUUUAAAAAUUGAUAAAAAGGUAAAUCUCAAAAAAAUUGAAACUAAGGGAGUAUUUACUGGAGAAAUAUAUAUUUGUCUUAUUUAAAAAUAAGAACAAACAAAAAUAACCAACUCCUUUUAAAAAAAAAAAAAAAAAGAAAGAAAAGAUAUUUCACCUGCUCAGGUUCAUCACUCCCGGUGCCGUCGUCUUCCUCUUUCUGCUAAGAAAAUAAUCAAACAUGUUCUUUUUGUGAAAUUUCCUCCUCUUUCACCUAAAAUACAAUACAAUACUCCCAUCUCUUUCUCCUCUGAUUUUUCUACACAGAAAGGAAAAUGUUAUCUCUGCAGCCCCUUUCUCACCCUAAAUCGUCUUCUCUCUAUUCUUCCUCAUUUACCCCUCCCAAUUCCUUAUCCCCCAAAACCUUAAAACCCAAUCCCCCCCUCUUCCGACCUUCUAGAAACUUCUACCCUUCCAUACAUUCCCUCCUCCAGUACAACCGCAAGCCUCAACUCGCCGGCGAUACCCCCAGAGUCGUCGUCAUUACCUCCGGCAAAGGCGGCGUCGGCAAAACAACCACCACCGCCAAUAUCGGCCUCUCCUUAGCUCGUCUCGGCUUCGCUGUCGUCGCAAUUGAUUGCGAUGUUGGUCUCCGUAACCUUGACCUUCUUCUAGGGUUAGAAAAUCGGGUUAAUUAUACCGUCGUUGAGGUUCUCAACGGUGAUUGCCGACUUGAUCAGGCACUUGUGCGUGAUAAGCGGUGGUCGAAUUUUGAGUUGUUGUGUAUUUCCAAGCCUAGAUCCAAAUUGCCUAUUGGAUUUGGUGGGAAAGCGUUGGUUUGGUUAGUGGAUGCGUUAAAAGCUCGUGAUGAAGGUGUUCCGGAUUUUAUAUUGAUUGAUUGCCCUGCUGGUAUUGAUGCUGGGUUUAUCACGGCUAUUACUCCGGCAAAUGAGGCCGUGUUAGUGACAACGCCGGAUAUUACUAGCUUACGAGACGCUGAUAGAGUGACGGGAUUGUUAGAAUGUGAUGGAAUAAGGGAUAUUAAGAUGAUCGUUAAUAGGGUUCGGACGGAUAUGAUCAAAGGGGAAGAUAUGAUGUCUGUGUUGGAUGUGCAGGAAAUGUUGGGGCUUCCAUUGUUAGGGGUGAUACCUGAGGAUUCCGAAGUUAUUAGAAGUACUAACAGAGGUUAUCCACUUGUGUUGAACAAGCCACCAGCUUUGGCAGGUCUGGCAUUUGAACAAGCAGCUUGGAGGUUGGUGGAGCAAGAUAGUAUGGAGACUGUAAUAAUGGAGGAGGAGCCAAAGAAACGUGGAUUUUUCUCCUUUUUUGGACGAUAGGAUGAUGGUUCUCUACUCUAAGUAGUGGCUUUUGGUAAGGUUUCGGUAUUUGUUCGUUUGUGUUUUUUGGAAAACAAGAAAGUUGUGUAUUGUAGAGAGUAAAUUUUUGCAUUCUUCCGUUGUGACUAUUAGGAUUCUAUUGGUAGGAUAGUUGAAGAUUAGUGCAAUUAUUAGGAAUUGUACUUUUUGUUUUUGUUGGAUUGAGCUGAAAAUUGUAUCAUGCAUGUCCGAUCAAAAUAUGAUCUUCUCUUUC